AUGCCUCCACCCUUCAACCACCCGAGUCUGGAACUUGAGCUACUGGCUCAGACUUUCUUCGUUAAGCAGUUCCCAGUAGAUGCAGGCGUUCCAGCUGCAAUCACGAGCGGGCUGAAUGCUGCUCAACACACUCAAGGGAUUUCCGUUGUUGGUGAAGCUGUUGACGACGAUGGCGAAUGGAAAUGCAUCAAGAUAGCAGGGCCCAUGAAUUUUGGGUUGACUGGCGUAAUCUGUAAUUUCACGACGCCGCUGAGAGAUGCUAAUGUUCCGGUGUUCGCAGUUUCGACAUGGAAUACCGAUUAUGUUCUGGUGCCCAAAGAAAAGGCCGAUGCUGCCGUUGCAGCACUAACCGAAGAUGGCUGGAGGUUUCGAGAAAAUUCUCGAGACGCAUAGUCUAUGGACAUUAAGCUGAAGACGAUAGUUGACGCGAGAUUUGCAUAAAAACAUAUAAAGUGUGGAUUGUAAAAUUGAUGGGAUGAACUUCGCUUGGUCAACG